AUGGUCUUUAAGCAAGCGGCCUCGAUGAGGCCAUUCAGCAAGCUCAUGCGGUCGUCAAAGGCACCCAACAAAACAGAUGUAUUGCCCACAUCCGGGUCUUCGCACCCAGCCACGCCACCCAGCAGUAACGAUGACCAGCGUUCAACCGAAUUCGAUGAAAAGGCUCAAAUUGCAAACACGACUGGACCGAUCACGGAUACCAACUGUCGUUCAUCUGCAGAGCCCCAAUCGCAACAACACUGGAACUACCCACGCAUUAAUGUGCCCCGCCUCAUAUUCGCCUUCCUCACCUUCCUGAUAGCCGGCAUGAACGAUUCUGCAAUCGGCGCCCUCAUCCCAUCGAUUCAAGCCGACUAUGGCCUCUCUUACGCCAUGGUUUCCCUGAUCCUCCUCGCACCGAUGACUGGCUACACCGUUGCUUCGCUGCUCAAUGAACCGAUGCACAAGCAUUAUGGACAGCGCGGCAUUGGCUUCGUCGCCGGUCUGUGUCAUAUUAUCACAUACGUUGUCGUCAGCCAAAAUCCCCCAUUCCCUGUCGUUGUGGUAAUUAACUCUCUGAGCGGCUUUGGAAACGGACUGACGGACGCAUGCUACAAUGCUUGGGUUGGCUGCAUGGCCAAUGCGGAUGCGGUGCAGGGCAUCAUGCACUCUACAUACUCUGCAGGAGGCGUGAUCGCGCCGCUCAUCGUGACAGGCCUUGUGAUCGACGCGCAGAAUGGAUGGUGGUACUUCUACUAUCCCAUGAUUGCCAUCGGUGUACUGGAAUGGAUCGGUCUUACGAUGACCUUCUGGAGGCAGACUGGUGCAGUCUAUCGACUAGAGUCUGCCAGGAUAGAAGAGAAAGACGACGACUCAAUAGGACAGCAGCGGGAAGAACGCGUGACAGACGAAGAGCGCGAUACUACUGUUCUCGGAUCCGACGAGACCACGAUCGCAAUCAAGCAGAAGAGCGCGAAGACGAAGAAGAAUUCUCGCCUCCUCGAGACACUGAAGUCUCGCGUUGUGUGGCACUGCGCCAUUUUCUUUUUCACCUACAUGGGCAUCGAAGUCGGUCUGGGCGGCUGGGUCAAUACCUUCAUGCUCCGAGUGCGCCACACCUCCGCCAAAACCGCCCAGUACUCCAAUAUGGGGUUCUGGCUUGGCAUGACUGUCGGUCGCGCCUCGCUAGGCUUCGUCACGAACCACUUUGGCGAACAACGAUGCGUUCCAGUUUACAUAUUCCUCGCCCUGGCCCUUCAACUAGUCUUCUGGCUCGUUCGCCAGUACAUUGUCUCCGCAGUUGCGGUGGCACUCCUGGGUGUGUUCCUAGGUCCGAUGUUCCCGGCUUGUGCAAUGAAGGGAGCCAACUUGUUGCCGAAGCAUAUGCAUGUGGCGGGUCUUGGGUUUGCUAUGGCCUUGGGUGGUGUAGGUGGCACGGUCGCACCUUAUGCGAUCGGUGCGAUUGCGGGUCAUGCGGGUGUUGGGGUACUACCGCCGAUUGUGUUCGGAAUGGAGGUGGUGCUGUUGGCUUUAUGGCUGACUUUUCCCAAAGCGAAGAAGGUGGCCCGUGGCCAGGAACAGCAAACGAAACGGGAGCCGUGGUGGAAGAGGUGGGUAAGAUUAUGA